CUGAUGCAACAACUUCUAACCUUCCUAUGACUACUACUAGCAAUAAGUUUAGCAAACAAUCAUCUAUGAGUUUUCCCCAAGUCAUUGUUGACUCUUCUUCUUCCACUGUUCUUUAUGAUGAAAAUCCAGAUUAA